AUGGACAUUGCGCAGGCUUCGUGCCUUCUAUCUAAGGUAAAUACAGGAAGUUCAUCAUGUGAAAGGGUAUGCGAUUUUUUUUAUUUCUGGUUAAGGAGUAAAUUAUGUGAAAAAGUAAAGAACAUUACUGAAGUUCGCAACAUUAUGCAGCAAAUCUACCAAAAAUUAGGUGAUCCCGACGGUAAAUGUGAGUACAAGGAUUUGAACAGUAAUGUUCAGUGCAGUGAGUUCAAGAGAGCAAAAACCGUAUUUGACUACUAUCAGGACUAUAAAACAAUAAAAAAGCAACUGAAGAAUUGCACGACCCCUGGGUCUCCCUGUACUGGAGCAUAUAAAACAUACCUGCAGACAGCUGAUGGUCCUUAUAGAGAAGUGCAGGCAAGUAGUCCAGAUAGCGGUCAUGAAUAUUAUGAUCGAAUUGUAAGAGAGAUCAAGGAUAAUGGUGGUAAAAUCCCAAAACCAUCAGACUUGAAAUGGGGCACUGUGCUCGGAGAAGAACUCCCACCAGAUGGGGAGGGGGAAGCAAAUCUGGAUAAUUGCUUCCAACAUAUAAUCUUUUACCCUCCUGGAUUGGUAACCAAUUUAAGAAAGGCAGAAGCAGAAGAAAAAGGAGAUCCACCGUCGAACGUAACUUCGACGACACCUUAA